AUGGGUAGAGAAAACCAGACAUGGAUGUGUGAAUUCAUUCUGCUCGGAUUGUCCAGUGCCUGGGAGACUCAGAUCUUCCUCUUUGUCCUGUUCCUGGCCAUGUAUCUGGUGACUGUGCUGGGGAACUUCCUCAUCCUCCUCCUUAUCAGGCUGGACAGCAGGCUCAAUACACCCAUAUACUUCUUCCUUGGUGUCCUGUCAUUUGUGGACAUCUGUUAUACCAAUAGCACUGUCCCACAGAUGCUUGUUCACUUUCUUUCAGCCCGGAAGUCUAUACCAUUCCACAGCUGUGUGCUCCAGCUGUGUGUCUCCUUGGCAAUGGGCAGCAUGGAGUUCUUCCUGCUGGGGGCCAUGGCCUAUGACCGCUACGUGGCCGUGUGCCACCCACUGCACUACAAGCUCAUCAUGCAUGGAGGGCUGUGCCUGGGGCUGGCGGCCGGCUGCCUGGUGGCUGGCUUCUCAAAUUCACUGAUGGAAACAAUUAUCACCUUCCAGCUUCCCCUGUGUCACAAUGUUAUUAAUCACUUUGCCUGUGAGACCUUAGCAGUGCUACGGCUAGCCUGUGUGGACGUCUCCUUCAACAAGGCCAUGGUGACCAUCUCAGGGUUUCUGGUGAUCCUGCUUCCCUGUUCACUGGUCCUAUUCUCCUAUGCUCGCAUAGUUGCUACCAUUCUUCGCAUUCCUUCUGCUCAGGGGCGCCGCAAAGCCUUUGGGACCUGCGCCUCUCACCUCACUGUGGUUUGCAUGUGCUUUGGGGCUACAAUCUUCACCUACAUGAGACCUGUGGGUGACUCCUCCAUGGAACAGGAGAAGAUGGUUGCCCUCUUUUAUGCUGUCGUGACUCCAAUGCUUAAUCCCUUAAUCUACAGCCUGAGGAACAAUGACGUGCGGAGUGUCUUACAAAGAGUGUUGCAAAAAUUUAGUGAAAAAGGAUGA